AUGGAUACCCUAAGAGACAGCAGUGAUCCAUGGGAGGUCUACGAGAGGGAAACCUCCAGCAGCAGCUCUUGGUGAGUUUUGUAUUUUUAAGAACAAUAUGAAGGAUAGACGUUAUAAUCCAUAGUAAGUGUGUCUUAUUUUUUUUAUACACCAAAUAACUCAAGAUUUUAAAUAAAGUUUAUAUUCAUAUUUUAUGUUUAGCAUAAGUAGAAGUUGACACCUGUCAGCUUUUGUAAUCCCUUAAAUUUGUCUGGAUCCUGUUAUUUCAAUUCCACAGCAAAUAAUGCUAUCAAAAUAUAUUCAUUUUUUUACCAUUUCUAUAUGAAAAUAGCUCUCUAAGUAGAGAUAAUUCAAGUCUUAUUUCCAAACCCUUUUGGAGUAGAAACUGUCUCAUUGACUGCAUAUCAAUGAUUACCCGGCUGUGCGGUGAGUUGAUCACGAGAACUACCAUGAUCUAAAAGGAUCACUCAUGCGUGCCUUGAUGAACCAGGAAGAGUGAGGAGAAUGUGGAGACAUGACCGAUUGUCCUGUGGUUUCCCAUGGCAACAGGGCCACACAAGGCUUGUCCUCAUCAAGGUUGGCAACAUACGAUACGGGGGUUUAGGGCCUAGCAGUCUCCCUCACCCCCUCAAAUCUCUCUUCAAGAACCCCUUAAAUCCAUACAAUACAAGGAAAGUUGAGAGUUUCAACCUCAAUACAGCAAUGAUUUUUAGAGCAUUUAAAUACAAAAAAAAAGGUAUCUUUUAAACAGUAAUUUCAAGCAAGCUUACCACAUCAAAUCAAGGGCUUGGUUAGUUCACUGUAAAUCCCAAGGCAUUUUUAACUCAAAUACAUCUAGUAAAUUGAACUCAGAGUAAAUGAAAAGUAAUUAUUACUUAAAAGGUUCAUGUGGAACUUACUCAAAACUAAAUGAGAAGUCACAUCAACUCAAUUUUUUAAAAUUAUGAUAACAAUAACAAUAUAACUUUUUCCCCAGGAUGCUCUACUGUAGGUAGAUUUUUUUGAAUAGUUUUUAAUAUCUGUUUUUGCAUUUCAUUGAGUGAUUAAUCUUAAACUACACAAAGAUAAAUAACAUAUUUUAUUCUAAACAAAGACGAUCAUUUUUUUCACCCGUUACUGAAAUGGUUGUUCCAGUUUAAAUGGCUUAGGUAGUCUCCUCACACUGUUCCUAACCCUGGCAGUCAUUCUGAAUGCAGGUUGCGGGUGAAUAAAAAUUCCAACUAUUAGAUAUCAUAACUCUGGCUGGAUUCCAAUAGGAAUUACACAUCACUUUGCAAGCCAGAAUAAUGUGACUUGCAGGUAGGUUUGCAAAAUUCUGGUAAAUUUCCCAUAAAUCCCAGUUGGAAGAUUCCUGGAUAUUCUUCAACCAGGAUUUUGGGAAAACCUGGGAAUUUUGGGAAAGUUGCCAGAAUUUUGCAACCUUACUUGUAGGCCUCAUAAUGACUGUCAGGGUUAGGAACAGUAUGUGGAGACUACCUAAGCCAUUUCAACCGGAACUACCAUUUCAGUAAUAUAAAUAAAAUACAUUUUUCUAAACAAAUCCAAUCAUUCAGUUAGAUUUUAUGCACCAUAAAAUCUAACUGAAUGAUUGGAUUUGUUUAGAAAAAUGUAUUUUAUUUAUAUUUGUGUAGCACAAGAUUAAUCAAUCAAUCAAUGUACAUGCAAAAACACAGAUAUUAAAAACAAUUCCAAAAAAAUCAACCUGCAGUAAAGCAUGCUGGAAAAAAAGUGUAUUUGUUAUCAUAACUUAAAAGGAAUUGAGUUGAUUUGACUUCUCGUUUAGAUUUGAGUCAGUACCACAUACAUAUUUGAAGUAAUAAUGACUUUUCAUUGACUUUGAGUUCAAUUUACUAUAAGUAUUUGAGUUACAAAUGCCUUGUGGUCUUUGAAAUUGGUCACAAAGUGUGCAGUCUCACUGCUGCCACAGGGGUGGGCUAUAUGUUCAUAUUCUGUAAGCCUUUCAUAUUAUGCAGUAUUACUGUCAAUAAUGGCCAGUACGUGAAUCUAUAUCUAACCAAUAUACAGUUUGCGAUCUGUAUGUGACGGUUUUGUGAGUUAGAGUCUACUCCUGCUGCCUGCAUAGGGACUGUAAACUGCUAUUCCACUCUACUCUACUCUACUCCACAGUGAUGCAGGCCAGAAUGCCUGUCCUCAGGAGGAACUCAGACUUGAACACCUGCUGUUGCUGAGGGAUGCAUUUACCAGUCGCACACCCUCGGACAGGGGGUCCCGGCGGAGUUGGAGAGGUACACGGAGAAAGGGAGGAGGUAAAGGAGGGAUGAGUCUAGAGGAGUUCCAGAAUGCUCUGAGUGCUGUGAUUGGUCCAGACAGCCAGAGCGGAUGGAUGGAGAGGGUCUUCAAUGAGGUAACUAUGCCCCUUUGUUACGUACAGUUGAACUCUUUGUUUGUUAGUUUACACAUUCUCAUUUCCAAUAGAUUGACGUGUCGCGUGAUGGCUAUGUGGAGUGGGAGGAGCUGUGUAGCUACCUGCUGCAGCAGUGCAGAGAGAGAGACCGCACCUCCAGGCCUAGAAGUGCUCUACUGGACACUGAACCACUCAUCAGACGCUGCUCACACAACAAGGUGAGGGACGCCUGUCCAGUCAUUGCUUAUAGAGUGUGUUAAUAACUAUGUAAUAACUAUGUAAUAAUUAGUUAAUUGCUCAUACUGUAUGUUAUUGCUUACACCCUAUGUUAUAUGUAUGCAAUAAGGAAUUCAUAAGUAUGCAGCAGUCUCCAUUGACCCGUUUCUCUUUCUCUCAUCAGUCACUCUCUCACUUCACCUCUAAACUUUUCUCUUUUCCCCCUUACAGCAGGAGCCCACUAUCCGUGUAGUGGCUGUUCCCCAUCCUCCCCCCCUCCGCUACAUCAGUGUCAGUAAGGGGGGGCUGCUCACUGUGUGGAACAACCGACUACAUGUCCUCAAGACUCUGGAGGUGCGUGAGCUGAUAAGCCACACACGCACACAAUCACACACACACACUCUCACUCUCUCUUCCAUGUAUCUCCUCAGCUGGCUGGAGACCCUGCAGAGCAAGGGGUUAACAGAAGGAGGUUCAGGGGCUGGACCACUGAUGCUGUCUACCUGCCCAAAGUCCACAAGGUCGCCAUAGCAACCAGCAGCAGGGACCUCCACUUUGUUGACGUGUCCACGGCCAGCUGCUUUGAGGACGUCCACUUGUUUGGUAUUUAACCAACUGUUUUUGAAAAGUUAGAAAGACUCAAAGUAGAACUUUUGCUUUAAUUUGAUCAAUCAGUUCAAUUUCUGACUUUAUGUCCCUGUUGAUCUGUCAUCUCUAAACAUGGUUCUGACUUUAUGCCCCUGUUGAUCUGUCAUCUCUAAACAGGGUUCUGACUUUAUGUCCCUGUUGAUCUGUCAUCUCUAAACAGGGUUCUGACUUUAUGUCCCUGUUGAUCUGUCAUCUCUAAACAGGGUUCUGACUUUUGUCCCUGUUGUUCUGUCAUCUAUAAACAGGGUUCUGACUUUAAGUCCCUGUUGUUCUGUCAUCUCUAAACAGGGUUUUGACUUUAUGUCCCUGUUUGUUCUGUCAUCUCUAAACAGGGUUCUGACUUUAUGUCCCUGUUUCUCUGUCAUCUCUAAACAGGGUUCUGACUUUAAGUCCCUGUUGUUCUGUCAUCUCUAAACAGGGUUCUGACUUUAUGUCCCUGUUUGUUCUGUCAUCUCUAAACAGGGUUCUGACUUUAUGUCCCUGUUUCUCUGUCAUCUCUAAACAGGGUUCUGACUUUAUGUCCCUGUUGAUCUGUCAUCUCUAAACAGGGUUCUGACUUUAUGUCCCUUGUUUUUUUUCCAUCUCUGAACAGGGUUCACCAAUGUUCCAACCUCUCUCUGCUACUGGCAUGAUACAAAGGUACGGCAUCAGUUCUCUGUCAUAAAUGAACGUACAUUUGACCCAUUCUAAACGUUCAAUUACUUGUCUUUUCAUGAACCAUGAUGGAUGUUUUUAUAGUUAUGGCAGUUAUAUUCACAUCGUCUUCCCCUGAUAUCUGUUGUUAUUCCUCCCAGUCUCCAGGGCGGCGCUCUUUGCUGCUGUGGGGAGAUGAGAAGGGAGGGAUCCAUCUGUUGUGGUUCCUCCAACCCCACAUUGGGCUGUUUGAGAGCCCCUUCACUGAGGACAAUGUCCCUCAGAGGAUUUACAUGCAGGUAGGCCUCAUUCACUCUCCAUUCACUCUGUGCUGGGCUGGAACAAAAACUGGAACACAGUUAUAAUGCCCAUAGCCUGCGGCAGUAGCUUAGAGGUUAGAGAGACGGACCUGCAACCUGAAGUUUGGGGGGUCAAGCCCCAGGCUAGGCGCCUGAACUGGCAACUGGAUCCCAUGUUCCAUGUCCUGCCGUUCUGUCCUUGAGCAAGGCACUUAAUCCCCCCCAUUGCUCUCCAUCCAGGGGCGCUGCGGUGUGGUUGACCUUGUGCCUCUUAAUGUGUAUCUGGGGGUGUUGGGAAAGUCACAAGACAAAUUUAUGUUCCAACCAACGGACAGUAAAGUACAGUAUCUAUUCUAUAACCUUACUAAAUGUGUUACGGGCACUUCUAGGGUAGUUAUUUGUCUUGGCACUGUGGUUAGCAUGUGUUCCUUGGGACCAAAAGGUAGGGUGUGUUCUUCAGGCUUCUGCUCCCUGUAGCUCUGCUGGACCAGGGUUGGUUUACUGGUAUUAUGGUGAGAACAUGUCUCCUAACAGGAUAUUGGUGACCACAGCCGCCUAGUCUCCUAUCAACACAUCCCCGCAGUCCACCAGGAACCAAUCAACAGGAUCAUGUUCGAGCCCCACACUGACCUCAUCAUGACAUCAUCAGGAAGCGACGCCUCCUCAGUGGUCAUCAUGCACAUGUCACUCAGGAGAAAAACCUAUGUUUGGAAAAUCAAUAAGGUAAUAAUAUAACACAGUAUCUACACUGUUAGGAGUAUUUCAUGUGUUGUUACUAUGGAGUACGUAAUGAGGCCACCAUUUAUAUGGGAUUCUACAAAAAGCAGAGGGUAGCUGUUAUUGUACCAUACAGCCUUUGGACUCAAGGUUGGGUUUGAUAGUAGACAGAGAAGGUCUGAGUGACCUUGACCCAGGUCAAGUUGAAAUGUCAGCUCUGACCCAAUCAGAUUAUGUCAUGGUAGCUAUCUCAACAAAAUAGUCAUGGAGGAUAUUGAAUAACAUCAGAGGUCAACAGUCACACCGCAGAAUGAUGAAACUCAUGUUUUAUCUUGCUUACUGUCGCCGAGUCCCACCCUAUAACCAAUAUAAAUACACACGCACGCACGUGCACGCAUGCAUGCACGCACACACACACACACACACACACACACACAAAGGAUAGAAUGAAUGUUUACUGGGGAGAAAACAAGUAAUGUGACUGGCCCUGCUGAGGAAGUGAUUAAAGUGGGUGGGGUGUUUUGUAUUGGUCGUUAUGUUCUGAGAGGGCUCAUAUUGUGCUCCAAUAAAACUUUCUAGCUUGGUCAGUUGAGCAAUGGAGCUGUCCUCAACAAAUCCCCAUUAUAAACUAAUAGGAAAGACAGGAAGUAUUUUUUGAAUAUUUAGUCACGCUACAUUUUAUUAAGUGACCCACAAAUCCUAACUUCCUUUUCUCUAUGUCUGUCUGCUGUCCUGUCUGUCUGUCUCUCUUCCUCUGUUCUCUUUCUCUCUUUUCACCUCUUUCCCUCUCUCUCACUUCACCCCCUCUCUCCCUCCUCCGCAGGGUGUGACGUGUUUUGAUUUCAGCAGGUCUCUCAACCUGUUGGUGACGGGUGGUCUGGACCCUGCGGUCAGACUGUGGAACCGCUUCAUUACCACUCGGCCAGUCGCGGUCCUGCACGGUCACGGCACCACAGUACUGGACGUGUUCAUCUACCAACCACUGGGACAGGUCCUCAGCUACUCCAAAAAUGCUGUAAGUCAAUAACCACCAGAUAGCUUGGCUAGAGACACAACACUGGCCAUAUCUUCAGGGGUAAACUGUAAGCCCUCACCUAAGACAGUUAAAGAGAGGCAAACCUAUCCCUAGACUGAAGCCCACCAGUACUACACCACAAUGUAUUCUGUCCUGGCUGUGGUCCAGGCCACCAGUACUACACCACAAGGUAUUCUGUCCUGGCUGUGGUCCAGGCCACCAGUACUACACCACAAGGUAUUCUGUCCUGGCUGUGGUCCAGGCCACCAGUACUACACCACAAGGUAUUCUGUCCUGGCUGUGGUCCAGGCCACCAGUACUACACCACAAGGUAUUCUGUCCUGGCUGUGGUCCAGGCCACCAGUACUACACCGCAAUGUAUUCUGUCCUGGCUGUGGUCCAGGCCACCAGUACUACACCGCAAUGUAUUCUGUCCUGGCUGUGGUCCAGGCCACCAGUACUACACCACAAGGUAUUCUGGCUGUGGCCCAGGUGCUUUUUGUUUUCCACUCUUUGAUUUCUUUCAGAAAUUGUUUGUUUACCCACCUGGUUGUCUCUGUGCAGGAGGGUUCAGAAGGGGUUUGUUUACCCACCUGGUUGUCUCUGUGCAGGAGCUGAGGGUGUGGGACAUCUCCUCCCAUCGCUGUCUGAGGACCGUCCACCUGCAGUUCCCCUGUCUGCAGCCAGGGCGCACCCCAGAGCACGGCAACUUCCCGUUCCUGUUGGUGUCCCCACCCUUCCUGCCGCAGACUCCGCCCCAUAUCCUCGUGUCCUGUAGAGACUACCUGGCCAGGCUGAGGCUGGAGGAAGGGGGGAGGGGGGAGGAGAAGGGAGAAGGGGGGAGAGGAGGGGGGAGACAAUGCCAUGGUGCCCCCCUCUCCUGUGCCCUCUACAACCCCACACUGAAACAGGUGGGUAUGGAAUCUUAUACACUGUCACAGCCAUGAGGGUGUGCAUACUGCAUGUGUGUGUUUACGUCUGUGUGUGUGUGCAUGUUUACAUCCGUGUGUGUGUGUGUGUGUUUAUAUGUGUAGGUCAUCGCCGGAUGUGACGACUCGUCUGUAUCAGUGUGGGACGUAGAAACAGGGAGGCUGCAUCUGAAGAUCACCAGCGCUCAUGGAGAGGAGGAGAUUACCUGCAUGGCGCUAGACUCCUCCCACAGACGACUCAUCACUGGUGCACGCAACGGAACGAUCAAGGUACCCUGUGGUAAAAGCUACUGCAGCCUAUGCAGUGGAGCCUGUGCUUUCACCCAUCCAAUCAUGUUACUGAUGUCUGAGGCUGCAGAAAAUGAGAAAAGCAGCAUACUUCUCCAAGUAUCUGUUAAGACCUCCUCCUUCACUAUGAUUCAGUACUUCUCCAAGUAUCUGUUAAGACCUCCUCCUUCGCUAUGAUUCAGUACUUCUCCAAGUAUCUGUUAAGACCUCCUCCUUCGCUAUGAUUCAGUACUUCUCCAAGUAUCUGUUAAGACCUCCUCCUUUACUAUGAUUCAGUACUUCUCCAAGUAUCUGUUAAGACCUCCUCCUUCACUAUGAUUCAGAACUCCUUCACUAUGAUUCAGUUAGAACAACUUUAGAUGGACACAGAUGUAGUUUACUGUGAUGAGGUGUUUCUCUCUGUUAAAAGGUGUGGAACCUACUGAAUGGCCUCAACCUACACAAGCUAGAGCCUGUCACCCUCUCAGAGGUCACAGGGGUCAUCUGUCUUCAUUACAACCAGUUGCUGGCCAUGGGGUGGAGCCAGCAGGUCGCUCAGUAUGACAUCAAAGGGGCUAAGGUGAGAAAACACACUCAUAUGAAUGCACGCACACACACACACACACACACACACGCACACACACACACACACACACACACACAAACAAAUACACCCUUUCCUUUUCAAUGAAAAGUUAUUGUGUGCCAGCCAGGAUAAACACCUACACUGCACUCUCAGGUGAAAGAGUCCACCACACGUCAACCCCAGUGAUAUCUUCCACUACCGCCAGACCAUGUCUGUUCCAUGUGGUUACACUCAGAGCUACCAGACACAUGCCUUCCUUACAACAGAGCUUUCAUGAAUGAUAUCUAUUUAUAUACUGUACAUAGAGAUCUACUCUGAAGUUUCUUAUUGUAAGACGUCAGCGGAACCUGGUGGGGUUUUGAGAACACUACUAAAACAACUAGGCUAAGAGGGGGUGUAUGUAAAUUAUGUCAGUGACUGUUGCAAAGUACGACCUCUGGGUCUUGUUAUACGCACAGUAUCAGUCACUACAAUUUGGAACUAGAAUUUUGUACAUGGGUAUUCACCCCCCUUGGCAUUUUUCCUAUUUGGUUGCCUUACAACAUGGAAUUAAAAUUGAUUUUUUGGGGGUUUGUAUCAUUUGAUUUACACAACACCACUUUGAAGAUGCAAAAUACUUUUUUUUGUGAAACAAACAAGAAAAAAUACAAAAAAACAGAACUUGAGCGUGCAUAACUAUUCACCCCCCCAAAGUCAGUACUUUGUAGAUCCACCUUUUGCAGCAAUUACAGCUGCAAGUCUCUUGGGGUAUGUCUCUAUAAUUUUUCAAGGCAAAACUGCUCCAGCUCCUUCAAGUUGGAUGGGUUCCGCUGGUGUACAGCAAUCUUUAAGUCAUACCACAGAUUCUCAAUUGGAUUGCGGUCUGGGCUUUGACUAGGCCAUUCCAAGACAUUUAAAUAUUUCCCCUCAAACCACUUGAGUGUUGCUUUAGCAGUAUGCUUAGAGUCAUUGUCCUGCUGGAAGGUGAACCUCGGUCCCAGUCUCAAAUCUCUGGAAGACUGAAAGAAUUUCCCUGUAUUUAGCACCAUCCAUCAUUCAAUUCUGACCAGUUUCCCAGUCCCUGCCGAUGAAAAACAUCCCCACAGCAUUAUAUAUUUUUUUAACCUUUAUUUAACUAGGCAAGUCAGUUAAGAACAAAUUCUUAUUUACAAUGACGGCCUACACCGGCCAAACACGGACGACGCUGGGCCAAUUGUGCGCUGCCCUAUGGGACCGUCAUUGUAAGCAAUGGCUUUUUUUCUUGCCACUCUUCCGUAAAGGCCAGCUCUGUGGAGUGUACGGCUUAAAGUGGUCCUAUGGACAGAUACUCCAAUCUCCGCUGUGGAGCUUUGCAGCUCCUUCAGGGUUAUCUUUGGUCUCUUUGUUGUCUCUCUGAUUAUUGCCCUCCUUGCAUGGUCCGUGAGUUUUGGUGGGCGGCCCUCUCUUGGCUGGUUUGUUGUGGUGCCAUAUUCUUUCCAUUUUUUAAUAAUGGAUUGAAUGGUGCUCUGUGGGAUGUUCAAAGUUUCAGAUAUUUUUUUACAACCCAACCCUGAUCUGUACUUCUCCACAACUUUGUCCCUGACCUGUUUGGAGAGCUCCUUAGUCUUCAUGGUGCCGCUUGCUUGGUGGUGCCCCUUGCUUAGUGGUGUAGCAGAAUCUGGGGCCUUUCAGAACAGGUGUAUAUAUACUGAGAUCAUGUGACACUUAGAUUGCACACAGGUGGACUUUAUUUAACUAAUUUUGUGACUUCUGAAGGUAAUUGGUUGCACCAGAUCUUAUUUAGGGGCUUCAUAGCAAAGGGGGUGAAUACAUAUGCACACACCACUUUUCCGUUAUUUAUUUUUUAGAAUUUUUUGAAACAAGUAGUUUUUUUCAUUUAACUUCACCAAUUUGGACUAUUUUGUGUAUGUCCAUUACAUUAAAUCCAAAUAAAAAUCAAUUUAAAUUACAGGUUGUAAUGCAACAAAAUUGGAAAAACGCCAAGGGGAUGAAUACUUUGCAAGGCACUGUAGAUAUAUAGUGGAAAACUUGGUUUGUUUUCACAUUUGAAAUAAUGCAAUGUUGGCACCAAGAUGCAAUUGAGAAUAUUAUUCUGGUGAUUGUCUGGUUCCAAUAUGGCGCCCUGUGUGUGUUGGUGUAGGAUAUGUUUGUGAGGGCUGACAUGUCGUGGAAGUCAGGUCAGCAACACAGAACUGACAUCCUGGUGGUUGACCACUGCCCUGCCCUGGGGGUCAUUGCUACUGGCAGCCAUGAUGGAGAGGUCAUCGUCUGGACCUUGGACACACAGAGACCCCUGGUUCGCCUGCAGAGGGCCACACACUCACUGUGAGUCUUCUGUGUGUGUGUGUUGUUCUUUUUUUACAUCAAUGCUUUAUUGCAAAUUGAAAUAAAGUAUUCAACAUGUGUUUACUGUGUGUGUGUGUUUGCAUCUGCAUGCCUGUGUGUGUGCCUGCGCACGUGCAUGUGUAGGACAACGCCCCCUGUGGACGCGUUGCUGUUCCUGCAGCGGAGGGCUGGGGACAGACAGUGGAGGAACAGACCUCUCCUCCUCUCCUCACAGGCUGGAGGGAUCUAUUGGUGGAGCAUCACUGGACACACACACACACACGGUAAACAGGACACACAUAGUGUAGCUAAGGAAGGAGAGAGAAUGAAAGUGGGAGAGGGAGUGUAUGUGGUGGCUGUAGUAAAUCUGAGUGUAUGUGGUGGGCUGUAAUACAUCUGAGUGUAUGUGGUGGCUGUAGUAAAUCUGAGUGUAUGUGGUGGACUGUAAUAAAUCUGAGUGUAUGUGGUGGCUGUAGUAAAUCUGAGUGCAUGUGGUGGGCUGUAAUAAAUCUGAGUGCAUGUGGUGGACUGUAGUAAAUCUGAGUGCAUGUGGUGGACUGUAGUAAAUCUGAGUGUAUGUGGUGGACUGUAGUAAAUCUGAGUGUAUGUGGUGGGCUGUAAUACAUCUGAGUGUAUGUGGUGGCUGUAGUAAAUCUGAGUGUAUGUGGUGGGCUGUAAUAAAUCUGAGUGUAUGUGGUGGCUGUAGUAAAUCUGAGUGUAUGUGGUGGGCUGUAAUAAAUCUGAGUGCAUGUGGUGGACUGUAGUAAAUCUGAGUGCAUGUGGUGGACUGUAGUAAAUCUGAGUGUAUGUGGUGGACUGUAGUAAAUCUGAGUGUAUGUGGUGGGCUGUAAUACAUCUGAGUGUAUGUGGUGGCUGUAGUAAAUCUGAGUGUAUGUGGUGGGCUGUAAUAAAUCUGAGUGUAUGUGGUGGACUGUAGUAAAUCUGAGUGCAUGUGGUGGACUGUAGUAAAUCUGAGUGUAUGUGGUGGACUGUAGUAAAUCUGACGGUGACUUUAUGAUGACAGUUGUGUGGCAAUGUGGUGUCAUCUAUGCUGAUGAUGAUACGUUUGUAUUCAUUCCCACUAUGUUGAUGAUGAUACGUUUGUAUUCAUUCCCACUAUGCUGAUGAUGAUACGUUUGUAUUCAUUCCCACUAUGCUGAUGUGAAUACGUGUGUAUUCAUUCCCACUAUGUUGAUGAUGAUACGUUUGUAUUCAUUCCCACUAUGCUGAUGAUGAUACGUUUGUACUCAUUCCCACUAUGCUGAUGAUGAUACGUUUGUAUUCAUUCCCACUAUGCUGAUGAUGAUACGUUUGUAUACAUUCACACUAUGCUGAUGAUGAUACAUUUGUAUUCAUUCCCACUAUGCUGUUGUGAAUACGUGUGUAUUCAUUCCCACUACGCUGAUGUGAAUACGUGUGUAUUCAUUCCCACUAUGCUGAUGAUGAUACGUUUGUAUUCAUUCCCACUAUGCUGAUGAGUAUACAGUAUUAUCAUCUCUCUCUGUCUGGAGUAUACAGUAUUAUCAUCUCUCUCUGUCUGGAGUAUACAGUAUUAUCAUCUCUCUUUGUCUGGAGUAUACAGUAUUAUCACCUCUCUCUGUCUGGAGUAUACAGUAUUAUCAUCUCUCUGUCUGGAGUAUACAGUAUUAUCAUCUCUCUCUGUCUGGAGUAUACCGUAAUAUCAUCUCUCUCUAUCUGGAGUAUACAUUAUUAUCAUCUCUCUCUGUCUGGAGUAUACAGUAUUAUCAUCUCUCUGUCUGGAGUAUAGAGUAUUAUAAUCUCUCUCUGUCUGGAGUAUACAGUAUUGUCAUCUCUCUGUCUGGAGUAUACAGUAUUGUCAUCUCUCUCUGUCUGGAUUAUACAGUAUUAUAAUCUCUCUGUCUUGAGUAUCAGGUUAAGGAAAGGAGAGUAUGGGGGUAAAUACAGGGUGGUAAAUUGUGCAUGGGCCUGAAACCAUGCUUGCACCAUAUGAGCAUGGUGGAACCUGACAUUAUCCCACACAAUGACAUAGGUCACGCCAUCAGCUCUACAGACCUGAUCGAGCUCAUCAAGGAAGGUUACAAGGAGAGCUGCAUUAUAUGACCCAAUAUGAGGUCUGCGUCCCACCACACCAUCUUCUGAUAUAGCCGCACACAUUGUAAUGUUGGCCCCACGUUGUCCAGGUACUUGGAUGGUUGCCCGCUGGCCAAUGAAAUUCCGACCUCUCCUCCUUGUCUUGGCCAGGUUAAAGCCUGCCUCAUCCAAAUAUAUGAAUUGGUGAUGGUUGUCAUCAGCAUCCAGCUCCAUCACCCUCUAAAAAUACAUUUUGAAAGAUAUUUACUGAUUACUGUACAAUGUAGAAUUAUUAGGGAAUUUUAUUACAACAGCCAUCUUGAAACUGAACAUACCUGAACAUACUCAGUCCUCAUUUGCUUCACUCUGUCUGCAUUUCUUUCAAAAGGCACACGGUAUAGUUGUUUUAAAGACACCUGGUGCCUUUUCAGCAUGCGUGCAAUAGUCGGCAAACUUAUGGAUUCCACAUUGUUAAACAUGUCUUCAUUGUCCAAGAUAUGCUGGCAAAUGUCUGUAAGGCGAAUAUCAUUUCUGGCCCGAACCAAAUUGACCACAGCCUGCUCUUGUUGGUCAGUCAGAAUUUUGCCUCUGACUCCCCUAUUUGGCCUAGUCUCAAUUCUACAGGAAACAUUACAGUAAGAAGACACUUGGUCACAUCACCUACUCUGUGAUACACAUUGGUAUGCAGUCAUUUGACAAUUGAGAGAAGCAUAAUGUUUAGUGCAUGCUGACUACUUACCGGUUCUCAUUGCGGAAAGUUCUAAUUAUUGAGGCCACGGUUGACCUUUUGAGGUUUGGUUGUUUCAUUGUAGCCGCCUCAGUCAUUGUCAUGCCAUGAUUUCAUUGGACACUCUUUGCUGUUGCUGCCGCUGUCUUGGUCCGUGGCCUUGUCCUCUACCACGUUCCCUCACGACCCCCUCUCAGAAGGGGUGCUUGUCCCCUGCCAUUCCUUUGACCAACACGUCUUCCUCGCCCUCCUCCCACCACUGCUUGACCUCUAUUGUGACCUGGAUCACCUGCCGGCUCCAUGUUACAGUACGUAUCGCUAUGUUGUUGCAAGUGGAUCCCAAUCAAUUCUUUAUAUACUCGUUCCACAAUAUGAACUCAUCAGUAACGAGUUGGCAGAAUUGGACAAGCAUCCAUACAGUGCAGUACUGUCAAUACUGUAAAUAGUCUGAAAAGAUGGUACAUGGGACCAUAGAAACGGUGUCUGAUAAAGAAUGAUGAUGAAAUAUUACAUCCAUAAAUAAUGUAGUCUAAUUGGUUCAUGCUCCACGCUAAUUGGUAACAAUGAAUCUCAUUAUCUUGAAACUUUCAUGAUCUAAACAUGGCAUAUUGUUUGUCUGUUUCCAUACAACUAUGCAUUAAGAGUAAUGCAACAGUUACUUAUCAUUUUGAGCAGUUGUAUCAAUUGAUAGUUGGAUAAUUGUAAUGAAAUGAAUAGACACUCAUCUGAAAUGUAAUGUGUGAAUUGCCUUUUGAAAGAGUAGUACUUUGAUGUUAAGUUGUGUCAUAUUGAACAGGUGAUUUUUGUUAAAUGAACAAAUGAUCUUAGUUUUAUGUGUAUUGUAUCCAAGCAAUUGAAAAAAAGUGUUAGAGUUUUGAAAAAUUUGCAUUUUGAUCAUUGGUUGUGAGUUUUGUGUCUAGAGUUUUGAAAAAUUACGUCAAGGUUCUGAAAUUAGUGCCAAAGUGAUUGUAAAAAACUGUAUUAUAUCUCUCUGUCUGGAGUACACAGUAUUAUUAUCUCUCUGUCUGGAGUAUACGACCCUGCCUUACACAGGAAGCGGCACAGGUCCUAAUCCAGGCACUUGUCAUCUCCCGUCUGGACUACUGCAACUCGCUGUUGGCUGGCCUCCCUGCCUGUGCCAUUAAACCCCUACAACUCAUCCAGAAUGCCGCAGCCCGUCUGGUGUUCAACCUUCCCAAGUUCUCUCACGUCACCCCCCUCCUCCGCACACUCCACUGGCUUCCAGUUGAAGCUCGCAUCCGCUACAAGACCAUGGUGCUUGCCUAUGGAGCAGUGAGGGGAACGGCACCUCUGUACCUUCGGGCUCUGAUCAGUCCCUACACCCAAACGAGGGCAUUGCGUUCAUCCACCUCUGGCCUGCUGGCUCCCCUUCCUCUGCGGAAGCAUAGUUCCCGCUCAGCCCAGUCAAAACUGUUCGCUGCUCUGGCACCCCAAUGGUGGAACAAGCUCCCUCACGACGCCAGGACAGCGGAGUCACUCACCACCUUCCGGAGGCAUUUGAAACCCCACCUCUUUAAGGAAUACCUGGGAUAGGAUAAAGUAAUCCUUCUACCCCCCCCCCAAAAUUGUAAAGUGGUUAUCCCACUGGCUAUAGGGUGAACGCACCAAUUGGUGAGUCGCUCUGGAUAAGAGCGUCUGCUAAAUGACGUAAAUGUGCCCUUGAGCAAGGCACUUAACCCUAAUUGCUCCUGUAAGUCGCUCUGGAUAAGAGCGUCUGCUAAAUGACUAAAAUGUAAAUGUAAAUGUAUUAUUAUCUCUCUGUCUGGAGUAUACAGUAUUAUUAUCUCUCUGUCUGGAGUAUACAGUAUUGUCAUCUCUCUCUGUCUGGAGUAUACAGUAGUAUUAUCUCUCUGUCUGGAGUAUACAGUAUUAUCAUCUCUCUCUGUCUGGAUUAUACAGUAUUAUUAUCUCUCUGUCUGGAGUAUACAGUAUUAUCAUCUCUCUCUGUCUGGAGUAUACAGUAUUAUUAUCUCUCUGUCUGGAGUAUACAGUAUUGUCAUCUCUCUCUGUCUGGAGUAUACAGUAUUAUCAUCUCUCUCUGUCUGGAGUAUACAGUAUUAUCAUCUCUCUCUGUCUGGAGUAUACAGUAUUAUCAUCUCUCUCUGUCUGGAGUAUACAGUAUUAUCAUCUCUCUCUGUCUGGAGUAUACAGUAUUAUUAUCUCUCUGUCUGGAGUAUACAGUAUUGUCAUCUCUCUCUGUCUGGAGUAUACAGUAUUAUCAUCUCUCUCUGUCUGGAGUAUACAGUAUUAUCAUCUCUCUCUGUCUGGAGUAUACAGUAUUAUCAUCUCUCACUGUCUGGAGUAUACAGUAUUAUCAUCUCUCUCUGUCUGGAGUAUACAGUAUUAUCAUCUCUCUCUGUCUGGAGUAUACAGUAUUAUCAUCUCUCUCUGUCUGGAAUAUACAGUAUUAUAAUCUCUCUGUCUUGAGUAUACAGUAUUAUCAUCUCUCUCUCUCUCUCUCUCUCUCUCUCUCUCUCUCUCUCUCUCUCUCUCUCUCUCUCUCUCUCUCCCUCUCUCCCUCUCUCCCUCUCUCCCUCUCUCCCUCCCUCCCUCCCUCCCUCUCAGGUCAGUUCUAUGCCCCUGAUAGAGAGAAGGAGUAUGUGUUGGGGCUGAGUUCAGACCAAGAGAACAACAUCCUGGUCACUGGAGACACAGCAGGGUGUGUUCAGGUCUGGGACAUCUCUCAGUACGCACUCAACAUCACACAGGAGGUGAGGGUUUGUGUGUGUGAGUGUGUGUGUGUGUGUGUAUGUGUAUGUGUAUGUGAGUUUGUGAGAGAGAGUCUUUGAGUACAGUAUAUGCUAAUGUAGGAUACAUCUCUGUACUCAUCUCUGUUUUAUGUGUUUUACACUGAACUCUAUCUUCACGUUUCACCUCCCCAGCCCUCCUCCAGCCGCCCUCCUCUCCUGCAGUCCUGGAGGGCCCAUGAGGGGGCGAUAGUGAGUGUUGAGGUUCUGGUGUACACAGAGAGACUCUUCUUCCUCUCUGGCUCUGUGGAUGGGACCACCAGAAUGUGGACGGUUGAGGGAGGGGAGGGAGGGCAUGUAGGUUCCUUUGGACAGGAACCACAGUGGAGCCUCACUGACCCAGCCACUCACCACACCUCCAGGUACUGA